UGGCGUGUGGCCUACCACCAGGUGGAGUGCUGUGACCUGCAGCCGGGCCGGGACCUCGUUGAUUGGGACAGGGGCUGCCGCAGAGUGGACAUCAUGGCGCACGGCAUGAAUUUCACGCGCGCAUGGCUCGAGGAGUUUGCAGCUGGGCGCAGCCGGCGAUAA